GUCUCUUUGCGUGCGGGGGAAACAUGGCCGACCGGCUCACCCAGCUGCAGGACGCAGUGAACUCGCUUGCAGAUCAGUUUUGCAAUGCCAUUGGUGUGUUGCAGCAAUGUGGUCCUCCUGCCUCUUUUAAUAAUAUUCAGACAGCAAUUAACAAAGACCAGCCAGCUAAUCCUACAGAAGAGUAUGCCCAGCUUUUUGCAGCACUGAUAGCACGAACAGCAAAAGACAUUGAUGUUUUGAUAGAUUCUUUACCCAGUGAAGAAUCUACAGCUGCUUUACAGGCUGCUAGCUUAUAUAAGCUAGAGGAAGAAAACCAUGAAGCUGCUACGUGUCUGGAGGAUGUUGUUUAUCGAGGGGACAUGCUUCUGGAAAAGAUCCAAAGUGCACUUGCUGACAUUGCACAGUCACAGCUGAAGACAAGAAGUGGUACCCAUAGCCAGUCUCUUCCAGACUCAUAGCACCAGUGAAUAAAUACCGUGUGGCUGAGAAAAGAACUGUUUCAAAGCCAUUCUGCAUCAAAUUUAGAUAUAAGCCUUACCAACAGUUACAGAAACAUUAAUACUAUGAUGUGUUACCUUUUUAGCUAUUUUUAAUAGUCUUCUAUUUUCACUCUUGAUAAAUAAGCUUUUAAAAUUGUGAUUUAACCACCUUUAAACUAUCAUUGUAUCAUUUUUUAUCUGAAUAAAUUUCAGUAUCUGAUCUAUAAUCAUUAAUGAUCAUAAUAUAAACAGAGAGAUAUACUGUAAAAUUGUAUUGUGACAUAAUUUCUGUCUUUAUUUUUGUCAUAUUUUUGCAAUCCUUUUAUAAAUCAAAACAUCCCUUGAGCCAGAGGAGAAGUGGUAAGUUCAGAGAUUUGGGACAUUUCAAAUUAGGUUGGUGUCCUCCUUCCUCUUCAGAGGUGGCAUUGUAUAAAUUUGGAGCUUUGAACAGGCAAGUUUCUGAAACUGUUGCUUUUAAAAAACGCAUAAGAAAGAGUGUGGCUAGGUGAGAGUAGGUCACUUUUAUGUAAACCUUUUCCUCUUUCAGAACCUCAUACCCUUUCUAGUUCAUCUCCACAUUUGUUUUUACAAAGAAAUCCUCGUUUUGAAAUUUCUGUGCUGUUGGAAAAUUUUUUUCUUCAUUCUGAACGAUUUUUUCCCAUAUCUUUUUACCUGCUUGUUAAAAUCCUUCUUAAUUUCCUUGUCAUUACAGUGAAGUAUGUUUCCUGAAUCGAUUCUUUCUCAUUUUCUUUAUUAGAAUGUGCUGUCUUCUGAUCUUAUUAACCUCUCAACUUUUAUCACUGUGCUCUAAUCAGACCAGAACACGCUUCUGCUACAUUAGUUAUUUUUAUACUGUUUUCUCCAUUUUACCUCAGUUUGUUAUUGCUAACAAUUGUGUCAGCAUUAUCAGCUAUAGUUACUCAUGUAACUCUUGGAUCUCCUUAUAUCCACUGAUUAUCUCCACUGGAAAACUGGAGUUGAAAUGUGUUUUACAUUGUAACUGAUUCUAUUACCUCAGGCUGCAUUUUUCAGAAUAUCCUGAGCUACAUUUGCUGCAGUCUGUUGCUAUUCACAGUUUAAGUUUCUGGAGAAAGCUCAAGAACAAUAGAACAUUUUGCCUGGUAUUUCCAUCAUAAUCAAGCAUUUCCUCAAUUCUUGAAAAAAUGUUUUGUUUCAGAGUUCAGGAGCACCAGCAUUAGCUGCCACAGUUGCAGCAAUUUAUUGGCUAGUUAUAGAUAUUUUUGAACUUUUAAUUUUUUUAUGUGUAUUGUCAUUGAAGUCUAAUAAAAACACUUUGCUAUCACAAA